CUCUUAAUCACUUUGCAGGCUGGACUGUCCACAUCAGCUUUAAUUCAUCUCUCUGAGGGGAAUCAUCUUUAAAGCUUUAAAAAUCAAGAAUUGAACUUCGAGUGUGGUACACACUGUUGAAUCAUGCAGCACACAUUCAGAGCCAUCACACACACUCCAGGGAUACUCAUUUGGAGAAUUGAGAAAAUGGAUCUGGUUUUGGUCCAGGAAAAUGUUCAAGGACAAUUUUAUGAAAGCGACUGCUAUUUAUUGCUCUCGACACGCAAAGCUGGCAGAUCUGCAUACUAUGACAUUCAUUAUUGGAUUGGUUCAAUGUCUACAAUGGAUGAACAGGGAGCAGCUGCUGUCUAUGCCAUACAGCUUGAUGAAUUCCUGGGUUCUUCACCUGUGCAGCACCGUGAGGUCCAGUCCCAUGAAUCCAGCCUCUUCUGUGGAUACUUCAAACAGGGCAUCAUUUAUAAAUCAGGAGGUGUUUCAUCAGGAAUGAGCCAUGUUGAGACAAACACUAAUAAUAUUUCAAGACUGCUGCAUGUGAAAGGAAAGAGAAAAGUGACUGGAACUGAGGUGGAGAUGAGUUGGGGCAGCUUUGAUACGGGGAGUGUGUUUCUGUUGGAUCUUGGUAAGACCAUUGUCCAAUGGAACGGCCCUGAGAGCAACAAACAAGAACGUCUCAAGGGUAUGAUAUUGGCCAAGGACAUCCGGGAUCGUGAGAGAGGUGGACGAGCAGAAAUCGGGGUGAUAGAGGGAGAUGCAGAGGAAAAAACUACUCUGUUAAUGGACAUUAUGACUGGCACUCUAGGUGAACGGCCUGCUAAGCUGCCCAGCGGAACACCUGAUGAAAUAACAGACCAGGAGCAGAUGGCCAAACUUACACUCUAUCAUGUUUCAGAUGCAAAUGGACCUUUGAACAUUACAGAGAUCGCAACUAGUCCACUAACUCAGAAUAUGCUGAAUCACAGUGACUGUUAUAUUUUGGAUCAGGGUGGAAUGUCAAUGUUUGUGUGGAAGGGGAAGACAGCUAAUAAAGCCGAGAGACAAGCGGCCAUGACCAGGGCUCUGGAAUUCAUUAAAUUGAAGGGUUAUCCACUUACUACUAAUGUGGAGAUUAUCAGUGACGGGGGUGAGUCAGCUCUCUUUAAACAACUCUUCAAGGACUGGACUGUUAAAGACCAGACAGCUGGGCUGGGGCGCAUACACACUUUAGGGAGAGUCGCUGAUGUCCCUCAAGAGAAGUUUGAUGCCUCUAGGAUGCAUGUAAUGCCUGAAGUUGCUGCAAAAGAGCGUAUGGUGGAUGAUGGCAGUGGAAAAAUACAGGUGUGGCGUAUUGAGAAUCUGGAGAUGGUGGAGGUGAGUUCUGAAAUGCACGGUUACUUCUAUGGAGGUGAUUGCUAUCUGAUUCUCUACAGCUAUGAUGUUAAUGGAAGGAACAACUACCUCCUUUACAUGUGGAAGGGACGCCAUGCUACUCAGGAUGAAGUGACGGCGUGUGCAUAUCAGGCUGUGACUCUGGACCAGCAGUAUGGUGGCCAACCUGUUCAAGUCAGUGUAUCUAUGGGGAAAGAACCACGCCACUUCAUGGCCAUUUUCAAGGGCAAUAUGGUUAUCUUUGAGGGGGGCACCUCCAGAAAGAGUGUUUCAGAACCAGAGCCUCCUGUCCGUCUAUUCCAGAUCUGUGGCUCUCACCCAACCAAUUCAAAAGCUAUAGAAGUACCAGCACUAACGGCCUCUCUCAACUCUAAUGAUGUCUUCCUUUUGAAAAGUCAGUCUGGUGUUUACCUGUGGUAUGGCAAAGGGUCCAGUGGGGAUGAAAGGGCCAUGGCAAAAGUGGUGAGUUCCUUUAUUGGUCGAGGUUUAUCUGAGGAAGUCAUGGCUGAGGGGCAGGAGCCAAAUGAAUUCUGGGAACUCUUAGGUGGAAAGGGACCUUAUGCAAGUGACAGAAGAUUACAACAAGUGACUCUAGAUCAUCAGCCACGUCUUUUUGAAUGCUCCAAUAAGACGGGUCAGUUUAUAGCCACUGAGGUGACCCAGUUCACACAGGAUGAUCUGAGAGAAGAUGAUGUCAUGCUAUUAGACACAUGGGAUCAGGUAUUCCUUUGGAUUGGAAAUGAUGCAAAUGAAGUGGAACGUAGUGAAUCUGUUAUGACCUGCCAGGAAUACCUGCGGACACAUCCUGGAUCUCGAGACCCUGACACCCCUAUAAUGCUGGUGCGGCAGGGCUUUGAACCCCCCACCUUUUCUGGCUGGUUCACUGCCUGGGACUCUACAAAAUGGAGUGGAGGCAAAACCUACGAGCAGUUGAAGGAAGAAUUAGGAGAGGUUACAUUGCCAACUAAAGUUGAAUCGGGAUCUGGUGGCAUAGAGAGUCAGACUGUCUCAGAAUAUCCACCAGAAAUGCUGCUUUACAAACAGACUGGAGAACUACCUGAGAAAGUGGACCCAGCUAACAGAGAGAAAUAUCUCUCUGAUGAAGCUUUCGAGGCAAUACUUGGAAUGUCCAAAGAAGAGUUUAACAGUUUACCUCCAUGGAAAAAGACAAACAUUAAGAAGGCAACAGGAUUGUUUUGAAACUGAUGUAUAUUUAUUUGUUUCUGGUAGUAUGGAGAAGGGGAUUUCUCAUUAAGAUUUUGAACUUCGGAUUUCAAGAUACUGUGUUUCGGGAGCAGCAAAUUAUAAAUGUAGUAAACCAGAACGUUUACUUAGACAUAAUAAUGCUUAUUAUACUUCAAAAUAUGAGGAUCACCUUGAGAGGGAUCCGAUUCUUAAAAUAAAAAGACAGCUUUAUAUAUUUCAGAUAAAAAUACCCAUUAUACUGUAAGAGAAAAAUAAUAAGCUUGAUAUUUUAAAGACAACACACUGUUUGCAAAAUAAUAAUACAUUUUUAUAUUGUCAUUUUACUA